AGCUAAAAGAGAAAAACAUAUCGCAACGCUUCAAUUCAAUCUCUCUCUCUCUCUCUCUCUCUCUCUCUCUCUCUCUCUCUCUCCACAUCCUUUGAAUCAGUCUCCUCCUCCUUCACACCAUCUCCAAGAUCCACCACAUGCUACUAUGAGCCUCCGCCACCGCACCGUCCCAUCUCAAACCGGACGGCCGUCGGCGGGGGGAACCGAGGAGGAGCCCUACAACAUCAUCCCCGUCAACAACCUCCUCGCCGACCACCCUUCCCUCCGCUACCCCGAGGUCCGCGCCGCCGCCGCCGCUCUCAAAACCGUCGGAGACCUCCGCCGUCCUCCCUUCGUCCAAUGGCGCCCUCACUACGACCUCCUCGACUGGCUCGCCCUCUUCUUCGGCUUCCAGAAGGACAACGUCCGCAACCAGCGCGAGCACGUCGUCCUCCACCUCGCCAACGCCCAGAUGCGCCUCUCCCCUCCCCCCGACAACAUCGACUCCCUCGAUCCCGCCGUCGUCCGCCGCUUCCGCCGCAAGCUCCUCGGGAACUACUCCAGCUGGUGCUCCUACCUCGGGAGGAAAUCGAACAUCUGGAUCUCGGAUCGGAGCCCCGAUUCGAGGCGGGAGCUUCUCUACGUCGGUCUCUACCUCCUCGUGUGGGGCGAGGCCGCGAAUCUUAGGUUCAUGCCCGAGUGCGUCUGUUACAUCUUCCACAAUAUGGCCUCGGAGCUUAACAAGGUGUUGGAGGAUUGCCUCGACGAGAACACGGGGCAGCCUUAUACGCCUACUCUCUCUGGGGAGAACGCUUUCCUAAACGGCGUCGUUAAACCUAUUUACGAGACGAUCCGAGCUGAGAUUAAUGAGAGCAAGAACGGGACGGAGCCGCAUUGUAAGUGGAGGAACUAUGAUGAUAUUAAUGAGUAUUUCUGGACGGAUAGGUGUUUCAGUAAGUUGAAAUGGCCGCUUGAUUUGGGGAGCAGUUUCUUCAAGAAUAGUAGAGGGAAGAGCGUUGGGAAGACCGGUUUUGUGGAGCGGAGGACGUUUUUUUAUCUCUACAGGAGCUUUGAUAGGCUUUGGGUGAUGCUUGCUUUGUUCCUUCAAGCCGCCAUUAUAGUUGCUUGGGAGGAGAAGCCGGAUAGAGGGUCGGUGGCAAAGCAGAUGUGGAAUGCCUUGAAGUCGAGAGAUGUUCAGGUGAGGCUUUUGACAGUUUUCUUGACGUGGAGUGGGAUGAGACUACUGCAGGCUGUGCUGGACGCUGGUUCGCAACGGCCCCUCAUUUCUAGAGAGACCAAACGGCUGUUUUUCAGAAUGUUGAUGAAGGUUGUAGCUGCCACGGUUUGGAUUAUAGCCUUUAUUGUUCUCUACACGAACAUCUGGAAGCAGAGGAAGCAAGAUAGACAGUGGUCCAGAGCCGCGAAUGACAAGAUCUACCAAUUCCUUUACGCCGUGGUGGCAUUCUUGGUCCCUGAGAUCCUGGCUUUGGCUCUGUUUAUAAUCCCGUGGAUAAGGAACUUUCUGGAAGAGAGCAAUUGGAAAAUAUUCUUUGCUUUAACUUGGUGGUUCCAGGGUAAAAGCUUUGUGGGUCGAGGUUUGAGAGAGGGUUUGGUGGACAACAUCAAGUACUCGGCGUUCUGGAUCUUUGUCCUAGCAACGAAGUUCAUUUUCAGCUACUUCCUGCAGGUUAAACCAAUGAUUAAACCCUCGAAGCUGCUAUGGAACUUAAAGGAGGUAGAUUAUGAGUGGCAUCAGUUCUUUGGCGAGAGCAAUAGGUUUUCUGUCUUGUUAUUAUGGCUGCCAGUGGUGUUGAUAUACCUGAUGGAUAUCCAAAUUUGGUACGCAAUCUAUUCGUCGAUUGUUGGUGCUAUUGUUGGGUUGUUUGAUCAUCUGGGGGAGAUCAGGGACAUGGGACAGCUUAGGCUGAGGUUUCAGUUCUUUGCUAGCGCUAUUCAGUUCAACCUAAUGCCUGAGGAACAACUCCUGAAUGCUAGAGGCUUUGGUAACAAGCUUAAGGACGCCAUUCAUAGAUUGAAGCUGAGGUAUGGAUUUGGGCGGCCGUUUAAGAAACUCGAGUCUAAUCAGGUUGAAGCCAACAAGUUUGCGUUGAUCUGGAAUGAGAUAAUCUUAGCUUUCAGAGAAGAGGAUAUAGUCUCUGAUCGAGAAGUAGAGCUACUGGAGCUGCCAAAGAAUUCGUGGAAUGUGUCAGUUAUCCGCUGGCCGUGUUUCCUGCUGUGCAACGAGCUUUUACUUGCACUGAGCCAGGCGAAAGAGCUGGUUGAUGCUCCUGAUAAAUGGCUGUGGCACAAGAUAUGCAAGAAUGAGUACAGGCGUUGUGCUGUUGUUGAGGCAUAUGACAGCAUCAAACAUCUGCUGCUCUCAAUCAUCAAGAUUGACACCGAAGAACAUAAAAUCAUUACGAUCUUCUUCCAGAUGAUUGAGGUCUCUAUUCAGGGUGAGCAGUUCACCAAGACCUUUAAAGUGGACCUUCUGCCAAAGAUGUACGAGACACUUCAGAAGUUGGUUGGGCUACUGAAUGCUGAGAAGCCAGAUAUUGAGCGAGUGGUGAAUGUUUUGCAGUCGAUUUAUGAGAUUGCAACACGACAGUUCUUCAUAGAGAAGAAGACAACUGAACAGCUAUCUAAUGAGGGGUUGACUCCUCAUGAUCCAGCCUCCAAGUUACUGUUUCAGAACGCUGUUAGGCUUCCCGAUGCAAGCAAUGAAGACUUCUUUCGGCAGGUUAGGCGGUUACACACAAUUCUCACUUCUAGGGACUCUAUGCACAGCGUCCCUGUGAAUCUAGAGGCGAGACGGCGGAUUGCCUUCUUCAGCAAUUCGCUCUUCAUGAACUUGCCUCAUGCACCUCAGGUGGAGAAAAUGUUGGCGUUCAGUGUUCUGACUCCAUACUACAGCGAGGAAGUUGUAUACAGCAAAGAACAGCUCAAAAACGAGACUGAGGAUGGGAUUUCAACCUUGUAUUACCUGCAGACGAUUUAUGCUGACGAAUGGAAAAAUUUUAAGGAACGGAUGCGUAGGGAAGGUAUAAAGACAGAUGUUGAGUUGUGGACAACCAAGCUGAGAGAGCUCAGGCUUUGGGCUUCCUACAGAGGUCAGACUUUGGCACGUACAGUUCGAGGAAUGAUGUACUAUUACAGGGCUCUUAAGAUGCUUGCUUUUCUUGACUCUGCGUCUGAAAUGGACAUUCGGGAGGAUGCUCAGGAGCUUGGUUCAAUGAGGAGUUCGCAGGGAAAUGGUCGACUGGAUGGGGUUGACGAUGUAAAUGGUGGAUCUUCUCUAAGCAGAGCAACUAGCUCCGUGAGCAUGCUGUAUAAAGGCCAUGAGCAUGGGACUGCAUUGAUGAAAUUCACAUAUGUCGUGGCGUGCCAGAUCUAUGGGUCUCAAAAAGCAAAGAAGGAGCCUCAGGCAGAGGAAAUUCUGUAUCUUAUGAAGCAAAAUGAAGCCCUCCGUAUUGCGUAUGUGGAUGAGGUGCAUGCGGGCAGGGGAGAGACAGAGUAUUACUCAGUUCUGGUGAAAUACGAUCACACGUUGGAGAAGGAAGUGGAGAUAUUCCGUGUGAAGCUGCCUGGUCCGUUGAAGCUGGGUGAGGGAAAGCCAGAGAACCAGAAUCAUGCAAUGAUCUUUACCCGUGGUGAUGCUGUUCAGACCAUAGAUAUGAACCAGGAUAAUUAUUUUGAGGAGGCUCUCAAGAUGAGAAAUUUGCUCCAGGAGUUUAGAAAAUCUCAUGGGAUCAGAAAGCCAACUAUUCUCGGUGUCCGGGAGCACAUCUUCACGGGCUCUGUCUCGUCUCUGGCGUGGUUCAUGUCUGCUCAGGAGACUAGUUUUGUCACUCUUGGUCAGCGUGUUCUUGCCAACCCGCUUAAGGUCAGAAUGCAUUAUGGUCACCCCGAUGUUUUUGACAGAUUCUGGUUCUUGAGUCGAGGUGGUAUCAGCAAAGCUUCCAGAGUCAUAAAUAUCAGUGAAGACAUCUUCGCCGGGUUUAAUUGCACAUUGCGAGGCGGUAACGUCACCCACCACGAGUAUAUUCAGGUUGGGAAGGGCCGGGAUGUUGGAUUGAAUCAAAUAUCAAUGUUUGAGGCUAAGGUAGCCAGUGGGAAUGGAGAGCAGGUUCUUAGCCGAGAUGUGUACAGGCUGGGUCAUAGGCUCGAUUUCUUCAGAAUGUUAUCAUUUUUCUACACAACGGUCGGGUUUUUCUUCAACACGAUGAUGGUCAUUCUUACGGUUUACGCUUUCCUCUGGGGCCGGGUUUAUCUCGCGCUGAGCGGUGUUGAGAAGUCCGCUCUAGCAGACAGUACAGACACCAACGCAGCGCUUGCUGUGAUACUGAACCAGCAGUUCAUCGUUCAGCUUGGUCUGUUCACUGCCCUGCCAAUGAUUGUGGAAUGGUCUCUCGAGGAGGGUUUCCUUCUAGCUAUAUGGAAUUUCAUUCGGAUGCAGAUUCAGCUUUCCUCUGUCUUCUACACAUUCUCAAUGGGGACCAGAGCUCACUAUUUUGGUCGAACCAUUCUCCAUGGUGGAGCAAAGUACAGAGCCACUGGACGUGGAUUUGUUGUCGAGCACAAGAGUUUCACCGAGAACUACCGACUCUAUGCACGCAGUCACUUUGUGAAGGCCAUCGAGCUCGGGCUGAUCCUCAUAGUCUAUGCUACGCACAGUCCCAUCGCCAAAGACUCAUUGAUCUACAUAGCCAUGACUCUCACCAGUUGGUUCCUCGUGAUAUCAUGGAUACUGGCCCCAUUUGUGUUCAACCCGUCAGGAUUCGACUGGCUUAAGACGGUCUAUGACUUCGAAGGCUUCAUGAACUGGAUCUGGUAUCAAGGCAGAAUCUCAACGAAAUCGGAACAGAGCUGGGAGAUAUGGUGGUAUGAGGAACAGGACCACCUGAGAACCACCGGUAUACCAGGAAGAGUUGUGGAGAUAAUCUUGGACCUUCGGUUUUUCUUCUUCCAGUACGGGAUUGUUUACCAGCUCAAAAUCGCAAGCGGAUCAACCAGCAUUCUCGUCUACUUGUUGUCAUGGAUAUACAUCUUUGCAGUGUUUGUGUUCUUCCUGAUAAUCCAGUACGCCCGUGACAAGUACUCUGCGAGAAACCACAUACGGUACAGGCUCGUUCAGUUCCUCCUGAUCGUGUUUGGUAUUCUGGUGAUUGUUGCUCUGCUAGAGUUCACGCAUUUCAGCUUCGUGGAUAUCUUCACGAGUCUUCUUGCGUUCGUCCCAACCGGAUGGGGAAUCUUGCUGAUCGCACAGGCUUUAAGGCCAGCGCUGACGAAGUUUAGGCUUAUCUGGAACGCGGUUGUCUCCCUUGCUAGGGUAUAUGACAUACUGUUCGGGAUACUCAUCAUGGUUCCCGUAGCGUUCAUGUCGUGGAUGCCUGGGUUUCAAUCAAUGCAAACAAGGAUCUUAUUCAAUGAAGCCUUUAGCAGAGGGCUUCGUAUCAUGCAGAUUGUCACUGGGAAGAAAUCAAAAGGCGAUGUCUAAGUUGAAGAAAGAAGAAGGUCGUAUGGUAAAUGGUAACUUGAAAAAGCUGUUGGUUUGCGGCGAUGGUGAUCAUUUGGAGGUUUUUGGAGAGCUUUUGUGGACGAAUUUGGAAGUUGGUUAUCUGGUUAGAGCAUCGGUUAGUGGGGGAAACAUAUAUAUAUACAUUUGUCAGUACUUUGUUAGAGUGUGGGGGAAGGGGGGAAGACUCUGAUUCUGAUUCUUGUAUGGUGUUAUUGUCUGAAACGUUACAGCAUUUUGUGUGAAGUAGGGCUUUUGUGUUCAGAUUUCUUCUCUUUCUCUCUCAUUGUAGAGCUUUAGAGUACUUUCUUUUUAGUAUAUGUUUAAUCUUUGAUUUUCUAAUGUCAUUUUGCAUUCAUAUUUCA